AUGAACGAUUUUAUACACGAAGAUAUCGAAUUAAAACGCAGGGCAUGGGUCAUGCACUUUUCUCAAAGACGAACCAAUAACAAAUUUAAGUUCACGAAAAAUGGAAAUAAAAAAUAUGUGACAACAUGGGUUAAGGAAAAAGAUGAAAACGGUUUAUUCGAAAGAUGGGUGAAGCAAACACAGCUAAAUGAGAAGUAUAUACCAAUCAAUGACCAUGAAGAGGGUAGCGAGAAAGCCGAAUUUUCAAGCAAUGUAGAACUAAACAGAAGUCCCACUAAAAAUCUAACAAGGAGAAGUUACCGAAUAAAUUUACAAAACAUCCUUGAUAAAGAGUUUUCGAAAAAGUGUUAUGUUGAUCCCCCCAGCGACUUCUCCAUGGAUGAGAAAGAAGAGGAAGAAAAAGAAAACUAUGAUCGAAACGAGAACCCAUGUGAGGAUACACAGAAGCACAAAAACGAACAAACUGGUAAGUGA